UUCCACCCUGCUUCCAUCCAUCCUUCCAUCCAAACCCUACAAAAAUGUGGACUUUUAGGUUGGUAUACAUGUAAAGUCAUGUCAUGUUCGAUGUUGUAGAUGUUAGUGUGUGGCAGCCAGGUGGCAGCACUGCCUGAAUGUAUCUCAAAGAUCUCUCGAAUCACUCGAAUGAAUAAUAUGAAUAUCGAUAUUUGAUACCGUAUCAUCUCUACUUGGUCUGUGUUUGAUACUCUCGUUGCUCGGAACUCUCGGCUCGAGUAGUCGAGUUGUCUUUCUUAAUUUUUUGUUUUUUUGGUUGUUUUGACUUUUGACAGCUAAGGCAGAGUUUACGUUUUCUAAAAUAGUAUUAAUUAAAUAGCUCUUACAUGAAUCUGUUGCGAAAGUUAACAUUAUUCUGCAUUAACGAUAACAAGCUUACAUAUUUUACCUAGAGCCAUAUCUAUAGAUAUUUGAAAUGGAUGAGCAACCAGCGAAGAGGAUUCUCUUCGACAAAUCUACACUUUUCAAUCUGAAGGCAGAAGUUUUAAAGAAGCAGGAAGAGAUUAAGAAUAAGAAACGUUUGCCGGAAUACAAGAUAGAGAACUUUAAACCACCACCAGCAAAGUCUAGUGAGAAUGAUUGCAAAACCAAGGAAAAAACCAAGAAAACCUUUAAAGACAGUCUCCGGGCUGUGGACAUUGAAGAAGUAGAAGCUAUCAAGAAGGCUAAGGCAGUAUUGGAAAAAAAAGCAGAGCUAUAUGAACAUCUUUCAAACCCUAUGGGAGAAUCUCAAAUGGCUGGUCGUUUUCUUGUGGACUUUGGAAAGAGGAGGGAUAUUGAAAGUGAUAAAAUAAGAAAGUGUAAUAGCGAAAAGAAGCCUGAACCUCCUCUUCCUAUAGUUCUGGAUAAUAGUUGCACUAUGGAGAAUUCAAGCGAUGAAGAUGAAUGGACAGAAUAUGUUGAUUGCCUGGGUCGAACUCGGACCUGCCCUAAAACCGAUUUACAAUACCUUUUGGAAAAAGAUAAGAAUCUAAAAAAGGAAAUUUUUGAAGAAGAAGAGGAUGUACACCAACCGAGUACAAGUAAAGAGGAGAUUUCUGAAAAGCCUUUCCUGGUGCAAAAGACGAAUGAUUAUUUAAAAUCACUUCGAGAGAAAUGGGAAGAAAAAGAAAGGGAAAUAUUGGCCAAGAAUUAUGAAGACAUACAUUACCAAGACCUUCUUUUUGAUGAGGCCCGUAUGCAUGGCGUGGGUUACUUCUCAUUCAGCACGGAUGCGGCAGAGCGUCAGAGACAAAUGGACGAGCUGAUGAAACGCCGCGAGGAGACCUUGCGGGAACAGGCGGCUAUGGAAGAGAAGACGAAGCAACGUGACGAGAUGCUCGCCGCUAGAGUGAAAGCAGCCCGUAUGCGUCAGCGGAUCCGCGCCGGACUGCCACCAGAUGAUGCUAAACUACAGUACAAGGAACUUAUAAUAGAUGCUCUAAAUCAGAUUAAGGCCGACCAGGAUAAAAGAGCGAAGGAGAAGGAACAACAAAUAAAAGAAGAAUUAGAAAAAGAGAGACAGAAGUUACGUGAGGCUCAUGUUCGCGAAUGGGAUCGCGGCAAGGAUGGCGUGGAUGAAAAAGUAAAGAAGUUUAAAGAAAUGACCCAAGAAGAGUAUGUAGAACAACAAAGAUCUAAAAGAAUAGAUGAAUUUGCACCUCUGCCGACAACGUCAAGUAGUAACACGGAUUCUACAAUGAAUGACAAGGUCAGAUUAAUACCGAAGAAAACUCCAGUAUGUACCAAGACAUGGUCAGAUGUACUCCCAAAACCGAAAACUCCCCCUCCUCCUGUUAUUUGCGACUUUACAAGUGAUACAGAAAAUAAAAAGGGUCUUUACUUUUCUACUUUCAAAAAAUCACAACAUAAUAUACAAUAUAAAAACUUUGUUAAAGCGCAAGAGCCAACAGCUAUAAUUAAUGAAUUGAGUGACGGGGAAUCUGAUGGUGAAAGUAAAUCAGAAAAGAGGCAAUUGGAAUCUGAUCACGCAGAAAUACCUCCUCCUCCAACUUACGAGUAUUAUGGUCCGCAGGCCAAAAAAGCGAAGUCCCACAAGCCUUUUGAGUCCGACAUCAGGGAAGCUUUUGCCCAAGGAACUAAAAAUUUAGAACCCAAAGCUAGUAAUCGUCGCCUGCCACAGCAGUAUGAUUUUUCGUUAGGAUAAGAUAAAAUUAUACUAAACCGUAAUACUAAAUUGUUAGUAAAAUGGCAAACCUCACCAGCCAAUGGAAUCUGAUUUGAACGAUACUCACCUCUGAUGAGGCAUCAAGAACAACUAAUAAUAAUAAUACAAAACAUUGUUGCACACAUAUUUAUACGAAAACAUAUACUAAGGUGGGCAAAGGCGGCCUUAUAGUUAAAAUCAAUCUCUUCCAGACAACCUUCGACACAUGAAUAGAUUGCAGCAUAGUGGGCAAAUACACGCAUAUAGACAUAGAUAAGUUUUAUCAUCAUCAUCAACAGCCCAUUAACGUCCCCACUGCUGGGGCACGGGCCUUCCCUAUGGAUGGAUAGGGAGACAUUAUUUAUAAAAAAAUAUGUAUGAUGAGAUAAUGUAUAAAAAUAAGUAAAUAUACAUUUAUACAAAUAAUAUACUGAAUAAUAAAGUAACGGUAAUAAAUGGAAACUAUUACAGAAGUAUGAUUUUUAUUUAGAGUAAGGUACAAUAUACCAAAAGCGCCGUACCAAAAACGCUAUCAGGUAGGUCCGUCCCUCUUCUUUUCCGUGGAUAAGAAAAUGACAGACAUAACUUAAGGUGAUUCGUUUUCCAUACAAAAGUUGAUGCAGUGCUACAGGAAAACGGAUAGAGGAAUAUUGUUAUAAAACCGAUAAAUAGUAAUAUUUUGGUGUAUUAUUUUCGCAAACUAACAAAAAUUUAGGGUCCGAAUACGAGAAGUACCAUAUUUCAGACCCUCAAUUUUGAUCAAUUCUACAUUUGUAGUGGUGCAGAUUACAGUGUAUUUGCUGAGCGUGUAGAGGUGUCAAUGUUAGUUUGUGUGCGUGAUAGUUUUUUUUUUUCUAAAGGCUUUGACUACUUGACAAGUGUAAUAGAAUGUCAGUGACAAUUUAUAAAGAGAUUUUGUAUGAAGAGAAUAAAUAUAAAUAAAAAAUAAAAAUACUACAAUCUGAGAAAAGGAAUAUUGGAAAAAUAUUUUUGUAAUAACGUAUCUUAUUUAAACAUUUUUAAAUAAUGGGUAAAUACCGUGUUUUAAAAGAGGACAUAUAUUAUAAAAAAAAAUCAAUACAUAAAAUGAAAUGGCUGUAUGGGCAUAGUUCCCUUUGCCUUAUCCUUCGGGGAAAACCAAAUCAAAAAAGAAGUUGUUGCAUUUGCCGGCCUAAAUAGUAGUCAUUUAUAAUUAAUUGUUUUUCCAUCCAACAUACAGAUUUAUUUAUAUUCUCUUUGCCGCGGACUUUUUGGUGGGACCGGGAACGGGAAGGUUGCUUUCUUCAUUGAAUAAUCUAAAUAAUCAAUACGAAGUGGUGUUUUGUGGUUAAUGAUCACAUUAGUCGGAAAACAUUCCCGAUAGUAUUAUUAAAUCGGAAUAUUCAAUAAACAAAGUGUACCUAUCUAUUUUCGCUUUGCGCCAACAAGCCGCUUACUUCGUUUGGGGUUCGGAGUAGGAGUCUGCUCCAAGGGUGGGGUGGGGGCUUAGGUUUCAUCAUUUCAUUAAUCAUCAUCAAGAAAAAAAAACACAAGACAUGGCUGUAUGUUCAUAGUUCCCUUUGCCUUGCCCUUUGGGAAAAAAAAUAAGAUAAAUUUUGAAAUUCUUAUGUAUAAGGCUUUUCGGCGGGAGACGGGAACGGGACAGUUGCUUUCUUCGUUGAGUAAUCUAAAUAAUUAAUACGAAGUGGUGUUUUGUGGUUAAUGAUCGCAUUAAGUUAGUCAGAAGACAUUCGCGAGUGUUAUUAUAUUGGAGUAUUCAAUGAACAAAGUGUAUCUGCCUAUUUUCGCUUCGUGCCGGGAAGCCGCUUCAUAACUCAAAAGUUUAUGCGGACUUUUGAGUUAAUUCGUUUGGGGUUCGGAGUAGGAGUCUACUCCGAGGGUGGGGGCUUAGGUUUCAUCAUCAUCAUCCAUCACCUUUCAUCAUUUCAUUAAUCAUCAAGAAAAAAAAUACGUAAGACAUGGCUGUAUGGGCAUAGUUCCCUUUGCCUUACCCUUCGGGGAAAACCAAACCAAAAAAAAAAAAAUUCUUAUGUAUAAUAAACAAACAGGCUUUUUGGCGGGAGGCGGGAACGGGACAGUUGCUUUCUUCAUUGAAUAAUCUAAAUAAUUAAUACGAAGUGGUGUUUUGUGGUUAAUGAUCGCAUUAAGUUAGUCGGAAGACAUUCGCGAGUGUUAUUAUAUUGGAGUAUUCAAUAAACAAAGUGUAUCUGCCUAUUUUCGCUUCGUGUCAGGAAGCCGCUUCAUAACUCAAAAGUUUAUGCGGACUUUUGAGUUAAUUCGUUUGGGGUUCGGAGUAGGAGUCUACUCCGAGGGUGGGGGCUUAGGUUUCAUCAUCAUCACCUUUCAUCAUUUCAUUAAUCAUCAAGAAAAAAAAUACGUCAGACAUGGCUGUAUGGGCAUAGUUCCCUUUGCCUUACCCUUCGGGGA